UUACAAACCACGUGUAAUAAAUUUAUUAUGCAGGAGCGAGUGUAAACAGCAGAUUGUUUUGUGUACAUCUUUCACAAGCAAUAGAGUCUGUCUCUGGAGAGAGUUCUAGACAAAAUCUUCUCGUUGGAGUGAUAGUUACCAUACGGUGCAUGCAUAGCAGUUUUCUCCGCUUUUGUAGAGAUGGGAAAUCCGAACUCAGCAGCAGCGACAACCGGUAAAAUACAGAUGCCCAUCAGCCAUAGACUGGCGAGAUGGGGGCUGUGCUUCAUCGGCACGGUGCUGUCGGUUUAUGCGCUCUACGUGGAAACUUCGAAAGAGGCUAACCCGCAGUACAAGGCCAUGUGUGACAUCGGGGAGAGCAUGAGUUGCUCGAAAGUCUUCACGUCAAAGUAUGGCCGUGGUUUUGGUAUUCUUGGUUCCAUAUUAGGAGACCAUCAUAUACUCAACCAACCCAACUGUUUCUUAGGUGUUAUCUUCUAUAUUCUUCAAGUUGCAAUUGCCAAGAUUCACACCUUGGCGGCCACCAACUUCCUCCUCAUGACAUCCAUUUUGUCCAACGUGGGAUCUGUCUACCUGGCCUACAUCCUCUACUUUGUCCUGGAGGAUUUCUGCCUCGUUUGCGUCUCCACUUACAUCGUCAACGCCCUGUUGCUUGGCGUCAACGUCCUCAAGUGGAAGUACCUGAGCAGGAUGCUGUCAAAGAAGAGGGAGUAGUCCCUCCGUCAUUGCCAAGAAGGUUGACAGACAGUGGCAUAUCCAGGCGAGGGGGGCGAGGGCGCUCCCCCUCCAAGCCAUGUUACUGUAUCUUAUGAGU